AUGGAUGAUGUGCCGGAGAAGUGUGGUGACCCCGACCCUUGCCUAGUAACUUGCACCAUAGAUGGGGUAGAAUUUGUUGAUUCUAUGUGCGAUCUUGGCGCUUGUGUGAGUAUUAUGCCCUUGUCCGUCUAUGAGGUCUUAAAGCUACCCCCGUUAAAAUGGUCGGCCGCCCGAUUCAUUUUAGCGGAUAAAAGCAUAAUUUCCGUGGUUGGGAUUGCGGAGGAUGUUCUAGUGAGUAUAAAGGGGUUGGUCUUUCCGAUUGAUUUUCAUAUUCUCAAGAUUCCCCCUAGUGACUCCGGUAGGAUAUCAUCUAUUUUACUUGGGAGGCCAUUCUUGAAGAUCUCCCGGUUCAAGUUGGAUGUGUUUUCAGGCACCUACUCGUUUGAGAUCGAUGGAAGAGAAGUGAGCUUUAAACUUGAUGAAGCCAUGAGACAUCCACCGGAGGAUCAUUCUAUCUUCUGGUGCGAUUUGAUUGACAAUAUUGUAGCCGAAGUCCAUCAAGAUGGCUUUGAUGGAAAGAGUAUGAAUCAAGACCCAAGUGUGGGGAGUUCCCAUGUAUGUGAAGAAGAGGUCUUAUCACCCCCAAUGAUACUGGAAGACAAAGUGCCAAGUCAUGAACAAAAUACGGAUUUGAAGCCACUCCCAACCCACCUAAAAUAUGUCUUUCUUGAGGAGAACCAAAAGUUUCCGGUAAUAAUUGCAAGGGAACUCAUCUCCCACCAAGAAGAGAAGUUGCUUAAUGUCUUGAGGAGGAACAAGAAGGCCAUUGGGUGGAGCUUAGCGGACUUAAUUGGCAUUAGUCCCCAAGUAUGUGAACACCAAAUUUUCUUAGAAGAAGGAGCCAAACCCGUUAGACAACCUCAAAGGCAUCUAAAUCCUAUCAUUCUAGAGGUUGUGAAGAAGGAGGUCACCCGGUUAUUAGAAGCAGACAUUAUCUAUCCGAUUUCGGAUAGUGAGUGGGUGAGCCCCGUCCAAGUGGUUCCAAAGAAAUCCGGUGUUACUACAAUCAAGAACGAACAAGGGGAGCUUAUAGCCACAAGAGUCCAAAACUCAUGGAGGAUAUGUAUUGACUAUCGGUGCUUAAACUUAGCCAUUAGGAAGGAUCACUUUUUGUUGCCUUUCAUCGAUCAAAUGCUUGAUCGCCUAUGUGGUAAAUCUCAUUACUGUUUCUUAGAUGGAUAUUCCGGUUAUUUUCAAAUCCACAUUGCUCCCGGAGACCAAGAAAAAACAACCUUCACAUGCCCUUUCGUAACGUAUGCGUAUAAGAGAAUGCUAUUUGGCUUGUGCAACGCACCGGCUACGUUCCAAAGGUGUAUGAUGAGUAUAUUUGCGGAUCUUUUGGAGCAUUGCAUGGAGGUGUUUAUGGACGAUUUUUCUAUUUACGGGGACUCCUUUGAUCUUUGCCUAGACAAGUUUGCAAAAGUAUUAGAGAGGUGUACUAAAUCAAACCUUGUGUUAGAUUUUGAGAAAUGCCAUUUUACAGUUAGACAAUGUAUUAUUUUAGGGCACAUUGUCUCUAACGAUGGGAUCUCUAUUGAUCUGGCAAAGGUCAAUGUUAUUUCUAGUAUGCCUUACCCCUCUUCUGUGAGGGAAAUCCGUGCAUUUCUUGGACAUGCAUGUUUUUACCGGUGA